AUGAGAAUCUCCAUCGCGGCCGUGGCUGUGGCCCUGAGCCUCAUCACACUCAGCUCAGCGCGCAGGAGCCCCCAGCAUGUUGGCAGGAAGCUUCCGGAGAUCAAGAGAAACGUGGCACCUCGAGCGGCUGCCGUGGAGGCAGAACAGCCCAGGAAGAGAGCAGUGCAUUCGUUUCUGACAAACUCAACCCAGAAAUAUGCGGUCAACGGCAGCGCCAUUCCCGAGGUCGACUUCGACAUUGGCGAAUCCUAUGCUGGGCUCAUGCCCAUCUCCAAUGCGACGAACGCGUCGGAGCUCUAUUUCUGGUUCUUCCCAUCAUCAAACCCAGCGGCUAGCAAUGAGAUCCUCAUCUGGCUCAAUGGAGGUCCAGGAUGCAGCUCACUGGAGGGAUUGCUUCAAGAGAACGGCCCUUUUCUGUGGCAGUACGGUACAUACAAGCCGGUCCCGAAUCCAUGGACAUGGGUCAACCUAACCAAUGUGGUAUGGGUAGAACAACCGGUUGGAACGGGAUUCACGCAAGGCACUCCGACAGCGACCUCUGAGACAGACGUGGCCGCACAGUUUCUGGGCUUCUUCAAGAACUUUGUCGACACAUUCGCGAUGCAAGGGUACACGGUGUACAUUGCAGGCGAAUCCUACGCCGGAUUCUAUGUCCCCUACAUUGCCGAUGCCAUGUUCAACGCCAACGACACGGAAUACUACAACAUCAGCUCGAUCAUGAUUUACGACCCGAGUCUGAGCUACGACGUUGUGCAAGAACAGAUCCCGACAGCGGCGUUUGUGGAUUUCUGGGCCCCUUCAUUGGACCUGAAUUCCAGUUUCGUCGAACAUAUCCACAAUGUCUCGAACGCAUGUGGCUAUUCCGGGUUUCUGAACGAGUAUUUGGCUUUCCCACCCAAAGGACCACUACCGACACCACCAAACAGUGAUCUCAGUGACGAGUCCUGUCUGCCCUGGCAAGAAGUGUUUACGGCCGCCAGUCUGGUCAACCCGUGCUUCGACGUCUACCAGAUCGAAACGACAUGUCCGGUCCUAUGGGAUGUAUUGGGAUUUCCCGGAUCGUUUGACUACGUCCCUGACGGUGCUGACAUCUACUUCAAUCGAACGGACGUUCAGCAAGCGAUCCACGCGCCUCCAACUCAAUGGCUCGAAUGUACCAAUGGUAAUGUGUUUGUGAACGGGACUGACAAUUCUCCACCAUCGGCAUUGAGUGUGUUACCGGGUGUCAUUGAACGGGCUGACAGGGUCAUCAUCGGUCAUGGAUUGCUCGAUUUUAUUCUGCUCUACAAUGGGACUCUGAUUGCGGUCCAGAAUAUGACGUUCAAUGGCGGCCAGGGGUUUUCAGUCCCUCCGUCGCAAUGGGCCGACUUUUAUGUGCCGUAUCAUGUCGAAUAUGAUAAUCAAUUGGGCACGCUGGCCGGUGCGGGCAUCAUGGGCAAUUAUCAUACGGAGAGAGGGUUGACGGUUGUCACGGUCGAUUUGUCGGGUCAUAUGGUUCCGCAGUAUGCUCCGUCCGCGGCGUAUCGGCAGCUUGAGUUCCUUUUGGGACGGAUCCCGAGUUUGGGGACUGUUGGGCCGUUUACUACCAUGCCGGAUGAGAGUUAUUAG